AUGACAACCCUUUCCCUCCUCGCAUUGUCCCUGAGCGUGCUCACACUGACGCCCCUCUCCCUCGCAUCCGCCAUCCGUCAAGGCGCAGCAAACCCGCCCAAAAUCCCCAGCGGACCUAACGGCACCGGAGGAGGAGGAUACAGUAAACCCCAGCCCUACGCCCCUCAACCGGCCCUCCUCACCACGGAAUGGACCGCCUCCGUGGGCUCCGAUCCCUCUAAGCACUGGGCGCAACAUCCGCGUCCACAGCUGAAGCGAGAUGAUAAGUGGUGGCAGAGCCUGAACGGAAUAUGGCGGUACCAGAAUCUCAAUUUUGCGUCGUCGGCAAUGAUUAACAGGGACAUUGAGAAUGUUACCCCUGACAUGAAGUUGGGAGGAGAAGAAAAGUACGAUGGUGGUGGUGGUGCCGAUGGAGUACUUGAAGAGAAGGAGACGCUGAUCCCGUCUUGCAUUGAGAGCGGAUUCAGCGGUUUGGCCGAGACGAACGUGACGGGGAUGUAUUUCAAGCGGACGCUGGAGGUCCCGGACGAGUGGCUGAGCGAAACUGCCCAUGGAAGGAAGAGGAGGGUGUUGAUACACUUCGAAGCAGUUGAUUACGAGGCCAUGGUGCACGUGAAUGACCACAAGCUGGGGCAUAACGUGAAGGAGGAGGGAGGAAAUGAGUUGCAGGUUUUGGUCCGGGAUACCACUGAUGAGCCGGGCUCAUACACGCCGCAUGGGAAGCAGACGAGGACGCCGUCGCAUAUUUUCUACACCCCGUGCACGGGGAUUUGGCAGUCUGUGUGGAUGGAGAGUGUCCCGGUGGAUAACUAUGUCAGUGAUCUGGAGGUUGCCGCUGAUAUGGAAGGGAAAGUGACGAUGACGGUGCACUCCAGCAGUAACGCCUCAACUUCGGUGAAAGUUUCUGUACUUCAGGACGGUCAAGAAAUCGCAACUACCGAUGCCUCGUCGGACCAGGAGUUCAGUUUUCAAGUCACUAGUCCCAAGCUUUGGUCUCCCGACUCCCCAGUGCUAUACAACAUCAGCGUAACAAUGGGCGACGACCAAGUUACAAGCUACACCGGUUUCAGGACGAUUUCAAAGGGAGUAGUCAACGGAAUCCAGCGGCCGCUCUUGAAUGGCAAGUUCGUCUUCCAGUUCGGGCCCUUGGACCAGGGAUACUGGCCGGAUGGCAUCUACUUGCCUCCCACCGAGGAGGCGAUGCUGUACGAUCUUGACUUAAUCAAAAGUCUGGGGAUGAAUAUGGUUCGGAAGCAUAUCAAAGUCGAGCCCCAGCUCUACUACCAUGCCUGCGACAAACUCGGCCUUCUCGUCAUCCAGGACAUGCCCUCCAUGCGCCCAGCAGCUAGUCAGGCAAAUGACUUUCCCACACCCGUUCAACAAGCCGAGUUUGAGCGCCAGCUCAGCGUCAUGGUGAAGCAGUUCAAGCACCACCCCAGUAUUGUCACUUGGGUGAUCUACAACGAGGGCUGGGGCCAGGUCCACAACGACGGCAACUACCCCGAGUUCCAUAUCACUGACGCCAUCCGUGCGCUUGACCCGACAAGAUUGAUCAAUUCGGUCACUGGCUGGUUCGAUCAUGGAGCUGGUGAUUUCCACGACAACCACCACUACGCCAGCCCUCAGUGCGGUACCCCUUGGCAUAGCAGUCCCAAUACGCCUUAUGACCCCAACAGAAUCGGCUUCCAAGGUGAAUUCGGAGGAGUCGGGCAUGUCCCGGAAUCCAUAAACCUCUGGCCUGAUCCCGCCGCAGUGGCCACAAUUCCCGAGACAUACGAGCUCGCUGCCGACCUAGAUGCGUACAACUACCGCACCCACGUGCUUCUUGGCGAGUUACGCGACCAGGUGGAACGAUAUGCGUGCAGCGGCGCUGUGUACACACAGACGACGGAUGUGGAAGGCGAGGUGAACGGCCUGGUAACGUAUGACCGUCGCGUGGUUAGGGUCAAUGUUACGCAGUGGAAGAGUGAUAUACAGGCUUUGUAUGACGCUGCCGAAAAGAGGGCAUCCUGA